AUGGCAGACGGCGGCCACACGCCCGCGCGACGGCAAGCCGAGACCAACUACCUCGACGUGCACCGUGAAAAGUCGCUCCAUCGUCUCGAGAGUUUCCACGCCGCGGCUCGAGGCCCGUUCGAGCUGCUCCAGUGCAAAUUUGGCUUCCAAGCCAGCAGCGUGGCCAAUCAGAAGGAGAACCUCGGGUGCUGGAUCUCGAAUUACCAAAUGCGCGUCCGCUCCGAGACGCUCGGGGUGGCACGCGACACCACCAGCUAUGACCACCAGAGCAACAAUGGCGCUAUCACGCACACGGCGCUCGUGCGCGUGCACGGCAAAUUUUUUAAAAACUACUUUUCUUGGUGCCGCUUUUUACGGGUGGAACCACGUGCGGCCAUGCACGAGUCAUCGACACCGGCCACGUCGACGACGACGACAGCAGCGCUUGAGACGCAAUUGGCGCUGUUUCUGCUGCUCUGGGGCGAAGCAGGGAACCUCCGGUUCAUGCCCGAGUGUAUCUGCUUUUUGUACCAUCAAAUGGCGGCCAAACUCGCGUUUCUCGAGACGCUGCCGGACGUGGACGAUGGCUUUUAUCUCAAUGAAAUCGUGCGGCCCAUGUACCACGUGAUUGCGACCAUGCGGUCCGCCACUGCUGCAGACGAGGCACGACGGCCACUGGAUCAUCAAGAUACGACGAAUUACGACGAUGUGAAUGAGUUUUUCUGGACUGCGCAGUGUCUCAAGUGUAGCGAGACGAACGUUGCCCAGCUGCUGGGCGUCCACGAUGCCAAGACGUUCAAGGAAAAGCGCAGUGUGUUUAACCCCGUGCUGGCGUUUUUUCGUGUCUGGUACUUUCUUUUCGUGUCGUUUCAUGGGAUGGUUGUGAUUACGUACGUGGCGUACAUGGCCGAAGGAGAUGAUGACGGGGGUCUUGGCUUCUUUUUUCGCAUUUUUCAAGCUAGCCAGAAUCAAAUUCGAGCACAUGCGUUUUACACGCUUUUGAUUACUAUCCCAGGACUCUUGGCCAUAAAAGCAGUGAUGCAGAUUUGGCUCUUUGGGGUGCGACUAUAUAAAGACAUGUGGAUGGCAAUUGGGGUGUUCAGUCGACUGCUUUGGCACACGCUCUUCUUUGGUCUGUUUAUCGCUAUUCACAUUUCGCCAGACGAGCAGGCGCUGUUUGGAUCCUUGAGUGGUAUGUUGCCGGGUGGAGGCACUGCCGGAUCGUUCUUGUCCAUGGGACUGGUAUACCUGGUGAUCUACUGCGUCCCGGUGCUAACAGCUUCGAUGGUACGAGCAUUCUUCCCUAACGCCAUUUGGGGCAUUCGUAUGGUGAACGCUCUAGACGGUACGAGUCGGCAGUAUGUCGGCCGCAACACGGCGCAGCAAUGGAAGCACUAUUCGAGGUACUCGUUGUCAUGGUACAUUAUCUUCUGCUGCAAGUUCCUGUUCGCUCUGCAGUUCAUGAUCCGUCCGCUAAUGGCACCGUCCGUCGAGAUUUACAACAUCUCGAUCGAUGAUGGUGGCGUGUUCCAAUCAGAUCACAACAUAAUGUUUAUUAUGGCGCUCUGGGCACCUGUCUUCGUUGUGUACAUGUACGACACGCAAAUUUGGUUCAUCCUGUAUCAGUCAUUAGUCGGUCUGGUCAUGGGCAAGCGCAUGAACAUUGGCCAUUACAUCGGCUUGGCUCAACUUAAGACUGGAAUGGCUAGAGCGCCGAAGCUGUUUGACGAUAAGGUGGUAUCACUCGAGACGAAGAGGCCGAAUGCGGAUGCACUGGCACAUGAUCCUGGUGGUGAUCCCAGCGAGCUGCGUCACCGCGAUUUCGUACGCCUUCGCUUUGCAAUCAUUUGGAAUCAAAUUGUUGAUAACUUUCGUCUGAAUGACCUACUUGACGACCGUGAAACGGUUAUCCUUCAGUAUCGCAUUUUGAAUAAAGGGGAGCGUAUUCAGGAACCGAUCUUUCUAUUGGCCGGAAAGUUGUCGAAGGCUGUCGAAGUUGCGGCAAAAGCACGAUCACACAAGUGGGAUACCGCGACACUGGUCAAGAAUGUUGCUACAGCAGAUGCGCUGGAAGCGAUGAAGAAUGGAGUGGAACUUGUUCGUGACAUCUUCUACUUGUUGCUAGGUGAGGAGGAAGAGAAGGGGGCUUUGAGCGUAUUAGAUUACAUCUACUCGUCGCCAGACAUCGUUAGUCUGCUUAAUCUGACCUACUUACCUCAGCUGGCUGGAAACAUGGUUGAGCUCCUUGCUGUCAUCUUGGAUAUGCCCGAGGACAUUUCAGCGAUCGACUCGCUGGAGACUGUUCCGGAGGAAUUGCGAAUGGAGCUGCAUGUGCAAGUUGCUCAAGUCGUCGACCGUCUGCGUUCCAUCGCCUUGACGCUAGAGCUUAUGUUGAAUGAUGACACGGUAUCGCGUAAGCUACACAACUGCCGUUUCUUGCUAACCACGGCCGAUCUUGAAUUCCAAACCCAGCAGCUUAUUUCUUUGUAUAAGGCUGACGUGAUGGCCGAGACAGGCCUGAUUGCCGUUCACCCUAACAAAGAGCCUGCCGUGCAACAUUCUCGCUGUCCUGGUGAAGACUUCAUUUCCAGCUGCACGCGCUUGUUCUUCUUGCUUUGCUUGGACGCUUCGAGCUCACUUCCACGCUGUGAAGAUGCAAAGCGUCGCAUGGGUUUCUUUUUGCACUCGCUGUCAAUGGAGAUGCCACGUGUAGCCUCGAUGGAGGCGAUGCCGUCGUUUUCUGUGAUGACUCCGUAUUACUCUGAGACUGUGCUUUUCACGCUGGAUGAGCUGAACAACCCCGUUCAUUCGAACCCAUUGUUUGCCGAGCUCGAGAAGAAGCAAAAAGCAAAGGGUUGGGCGGAGUUGACGAUUAUGAAGUACUUGAUCACGUUUCACGCCGAAGAGUGGAGCAAUUUUUUGGAAAGGAUGGGUGCUGCAUCAUUGGAAGAGGUGCUUGAAAUCAAUUCCACCGAGGUGCGGCUGUGGGCUUCAAUGCGUGGCCAGACGCUUGCCCGAACGGUCCACGGCAUGAUGCUGUAUGAAGAUGCAAUCCGUCUGUUGCGCUGGCUCGAAGUGUAUUCUCUUCACGAGAUGAGCAUCCAGGAAAAACUGGAGGAGAUGAAUCGCAUAUCGGCUCUGAAGUUCUCUUACAUCACGGGAUGUCAAAUUUACUCGAAACAGGUUGCAAGUGGCGAUCCCCGCGCAGCCGAUAUUGACUAUCUGAUGAAGAAGUUUCCAAGCUGGCGUGUCAGUUUUGUGGAUACAAUAACGGAGAAAAGGGGUGACGAGGAAUUUAGUCGAUUCGAUUGCGUGCUCGUGAAGGCAGAAGACGGCGAGAUUGUCGAAGUUUACCGUUAUGAGCUGCCUGGUAAUCCGAUUCUUGGCGAGGGCAAGCCUGAAAAUCAAAACGUGGCAUUGCCAUUCACGCGCGGCGAGUACCUGCAGACCAUCGAUAUGAACCAGGAGCACUACUUGGAAGAGUGCCUGAAGAUGCCCAACUUUUUGGCAACAGCUACGAGUACUGGGGAGGAGGUGACUGUUAUCGGUAUGAAGGAGCACGUAUUCACCGGACGCGCUUCAUCCCUCGCGCGUUUUAUGACGCUCCAAGAGCUGGUAUUUGUAACGCUGACGCAGCGUGUGCUGGCCAAGCCUCUUCGCUCGCGUAUGCACUACGGUCACCCUGAUGUAUUCGAGAAGUCUUUUGUUGUCACGAGCGGAGGUGUGUCCAAGGCUAGCAAGGGUAUUAACCUGUCUGAAGAUGUUUUUAGUGGCUACAACGUCACUCUUCGCGGGGGAUUGGUGUCGCACAUUGAGUUCAUGCAGUGCGGAAAAGGCCGAGACGUGACACUGAGCCAGAUCAAUGCUUUCGAAGCAAAGCUUUCCAAUGGUUGCGCUGAAAGUUGCUUGAGUCGUGAAGGCCACCGCCUGACCAAUUCGCUGGAUUUUCCGCGCCUGAACUCCAUGUUUUACGGCCACUUCGGUUUCUACAUUUGCAACGCUCUUACGGUGUUCUGCGUCUAUGUGUACGCGUACUGUAAGUUGUAUGUUGCGACUCACUCUGAGGUAGAGCAAGCGGCUGUAAUGAAGACGGGCAGCCUUGACUCGCUCGCUAGUGUCAUGACCACGCAAUAUCUGCUUCAGUUUGGUAUGCUGACUACGCUGCCUCUGUUCGCGACGCUGUUUGUGGAGUUCGGGUUCAAGCAAGCUUCUUUGAAAGUGAUCGAGCUCAUCUCGACUCUCGGCAUUGUGUUCUACGUGUUUCUGACGGGUACGAAGGCACAUUUCUACGAUGUGGCACUCAUCCGUGGUGGCUCCAAAUAUCGAGGAACCGGUCGUGGCUUCUCGAUUACGCGCGACCCAAUGGUGAACUUCUUCAAGGAAUAUGGCGUUUCACACUUCCGCAAGGCGGUGGAGUUGGUUGGCGUCAUGAUUUUGUUUGGGAUAUACGGCUCGUUUGAUAUCGGUUCUGAUGCGCUUGAGGAGUACUGCGCUACCGCAGACUUCGACUGCAACAAAACUCCUGAUCAGAUACCUGCGAACAUCACGUCGCUAGCAGCUUUUAGCAACCAGUCGCAGAGUUACGGUAUCGCUUCGUUCGCUGUCCUCUUUCUCGGUGCGUGCUGGCUCAUGGCCCCCUUUGUGUUUAACACGGAUGGUCUGGUUCUUCAAAAAUCCAAGGUUGACAUUGCAAAUUGGCUCUCAUGGAUGAUGCGCUCUAGUGACAAAGACAAUGGAAAUGAUGAGGAAACGGAUAAGGAUACAAACACUGCUUCAUCGCGAUUGAAAGACGGCUGGGAGGACUGGUGGAAAUCUGAUGUCGAUUUGAUGCUACCUUUGGGUCCGAUGGGACGCCUGACAUACUGCAUCCGUGAAAUUCGCCAUCCGUUGGCAAUGUACUACGUAUUCAUGACUGAGUUUGAACUCGUGUGGUUUGUCCUGCUGUUUGGUGCAAUGGGUGUAACGUGGGUGUUGCUGUGGUUUGGCAACCGUUUACACCACUGUAUGUCAAAGACCCGCAAGCUGAAUUCGCUCACUAUUCAAGGCAUUCUAUACUUACUGUGUGUGAUCGGAGGCGUCCUCUUGGUUCCGUUGAUCUUCGGGUCCAUUGGCGGCUGGUCGGUGCAAAAGUGCUUUACCUUUUCGAUCGCAAUGUUCUUGGGCUUCAAUGCUAUUGUGCAGUACGCUCUAGCGUUCAACGGUGCAUUCAGGAUGGAAGUGGCAAUGUGGAGCCCAGUGAUGGCGCUAGGCUUUCUAAUGGACAUGAUUGUGGGCAUGUUUCUGAUCAUCCCGCUCUUCUUGAUGUCUCUGUUGCCAUUCAUGCGCAUUCUCCAGACGCGUGCGAUGUAUAAUGGAGGCUUUUCGCGUGCAUUGAGCUCAGGAUCGGAGGUGGCAGCUUCGCUGUGCAUCUUGCUUGGUUUGCUGGGCGGCUUUAUCCACGGCUUUCAGACAUCGUUCUUGUAUACGCUUGGAUACAUAAACAACCCGGACGAUAAUUUUAUGAAUAGAUCGUUUUAUCACUUUGUGAUUUCGAGGCUGCCAAACAAUGGACGCGAGAUGAUAAGCUAUAUGGAGGACGGCUACCUGAAAGUUAUCUGCGCAGCCGUUAGCGUUGUCGCCGUUUUGCUAUCGCUGCUGAUUGGCCGCGUUCUCGGUAGACGCGUGAAUAUGACAAUCGGUGGAAGUCUGAUGUUCAUUUCGCUUGGUCUCAAUUUUGUCACGAGCACGUCCAUUCUCAUGGUCUCCUUUGCACUGGCUGCAAUGGGAUCAGCUAUGGUGGCGAUGAACUAUCUACUGUACAGCUUCGAGAUCUGCACGAAGGGCUGGCGAGGCAAGAGUGUGACCAUUUUUCUGAUGGGUUCCAUGCUUGGUUGGCUGGUGCACUCGUUGUUGAUGGCAAAUACAAAUGGUACGACAAUAAGAGAGGACUAUGACAACGAUCCUAUCAACAUGUGGCGGUUCCAGCCUCUGAUUGUACAGCCCGCGCUGAUCGCUGGCUUUUUUGUGAUCCUGUGGUUUGUGCCUGAGAGCCCGGUCUGGCUUCUCGCACACAAGAAGGAAGAGUUGGCUCGGGUUGUGCUGAUUCGACUGCGCCGGCGUCAGAAUGUGAACCCAGAGCUGGUUCUCAUCCAAGCAGAAAUGGCCCAAAAGACGAGAGAAAACCACCUCAUGUUCCGCCUGUCGAUCGUGUUUGCGCUACAAGCAGUGUUUGGUCUGAUCAUGUCCCAGACGAUUUUGAUUCGACGAACGCUCCAGGUGCGUGCAGACGAUAGCGGCGCAUCCAACAACUAUUGGCAAGUAUACUUUGCUCUGUGCUGCGCGACUGGCUUCGCGUUCGGCAGCUUCUUGAUGGAUAAUGUGCGCCGAAAAACGAUCUUGAAAGAGUUUUUGCCGUUCGUGUCGUUGAUCGCCUUCACUAGUGGUGUCAUUGGAGCGGUGUCGAAGGCCGACGGUGGAUUCCUGCAGGCACUGCUGUGUCUGCUGUAUAUUUCGGCAGGUUUGAGCCUCAUGAGUGUGACGUGGUUGUCUGCACUGGAGAUGUUCCCAGCAUCUCGUCGACCGCUCUACUGGACGCUGUCGCUGUGCGUGUACUACGCUGUCCAGAUCAUUGUGUACCUGCUGAAUCCGUCCUUCCCCGUGUCAUGUUUCAUGCUGUCGGGUUCCUGCGCGAUUCUCACACUCGUGCUCUUCGCCUUCUGUGCUAGCACGAAAUUGGGCGCUAUCCAGACCAAAGCCGAGAAGAAGUAUCAAAGAUCGAUGGGCGAUGCGGUGUUUGAGGAGGAGGCCCGGGUGACAGAUACAGAUACAUUUGACGUGGACGAUCUGCAUAAACAGCAGACGCGUAUCGCGCAAGCGUCGGCUGCAAUGAACCGCUCAGGUACGGUUUCGAACCCGGCAUCGUCCGCCGUGAACGUGAAGUUCGAUUACACAGGUAGUGGUAUCCGAGGUGGCGGGUUCACCGGACCGCCUGCUAGGAGCGCGGCGUCGCAUGCCCAAACUAACGCUACGCAGUUUGGCUUUAGUGGUGUCAACGUUGACGAUCCUGGCGAUUCGGUCCGUCCCGGUCCUGCUUCUCGCGGUGAUGGAGACAGCUUCAGCUUUCGACGUCUAGAGAGUCUUGAGGAGUCGGGUCUAGCAAAAACGGAUCUCCCAUACGCGCAGAUCAUGGGAUUGAGUCGUCAAGAAAGCUCUUUGGCCUCGUCUGCAGAGUGGUCAGUGGCUCCCCCGCCUGCGAGCCGCGGUCAGUUGACGUCGCACUUGUCGUCCACGUUUGAUUUUGAGGCGGAGUUUGAGGCGGAGCACAUUGAAGACCUGCGUCAGGGACAGAUCAGCUACCCACGAGGCCAACCUCGCUCCGUCUCCUUCCUGCAGUCGCAACAAUAUCCGGAUGCUGAUUUGCACGCCGAGACCCAGUCCCGAAGGCUAUAG